UUUGUUGUGGGUCUCACCACAGCCACGCAGCUGCAACAAGUGGCACCACAUGUGGAGGUGACUCUGAUAGCAGACAAGUUCACGGCUGAGACUCUCAGCAACGGCGCCGCAGGAGUCUUCCGUCCGAGCAGCAAUAACUUUCGCGGGCCAAACCAUGAAACUGCUUCGCGAUGGCUACGAGAUUCGUACGAUUACUACAAAGAAAUUCUUGAUUCUCCAGAGGCCGAGGCAGCAGGCAUCAAGAGCCUCGCAGUGACUGUGCUCUCCACUGAACACGAGAAAAUAGUCAAGAACGCGUUUUUGGAGGGGCUCUUGCCCGAUUACCGUUUCAUGACUUCAGAAGAACUGGGGCAGUUUCAGGGAGGUCCCUACAUAUAUGGCUGUCGCUUCACCACCAUGCUGACAGACUGCAGCAAGUUCCUGCCUUACCUCAUGGCCAAGUUUAGAGAUCGUGGAGGCAAGAUCAUCAAGCAGCGCGUGGCUUCUUUCAAUGAGCUCGCCCCACAUUUUGAUGUUGUGGUGAACUGCUGUGGGCUGGUGGCCGGUGAUAUGUGUGGUGACUCGACCAUCACACCUAUCCGAGGUCAGGUCUAUAAGGUCAAAGCACCUUGGAUAACAGAAGGUUUUUACUCCGAUUACGAUACUUACAUCUUACCUGGACCCGAAUACGUGACUCUAGGCGGAUGUCGUCAGUUUGACUCCUACAACACCGAGAUCGAUGUACAUGAUUCCAAGUCCAUCUGGGAACGCUGUCUCCGGCUCAUGCCGAGCCUGCGUGAUGCUCAGAUCAUGGUGCAUAAUUACGGUCACGGAGGCUACGGAGUAACAUCGGCUCCAGGUACAGCCGUAGCUGCAGUGCAGCUCGUGUUACAGUCGCUGCCUGUGACCUCGAAGCUGUAACGAAAGUUAUUACAGUGACAUUACUUGCCGUAAUCUGCGCGAGUAAUUUGAAGUCGUGCGUUACAUUCAUUUGGAUAUUAAUAUGAUCGAAAGUGUUACGGUAUAAUAUGAAGCAGCUGUAUUAUUGUGACAUUACAUGCUAUAUCUGCACAAGUAAUUUGGAGUCGUGCAUUACAUUCAUUUGGAAAUUAUUAUGAUCGAAAGUGCUACGGUACGAUAUGAAAUUUGCACACUCAUUAACUCUUCAAGUGAAGAAAAAAAGGAUCAUUUAUCAAUGCGAUAUGUCGUAGAACAAACGAAGAGCUUUGGGUUUCUGAUACUUUCAGUCUGAAAUUAGGCAGACCCUCUUAAAUUUAUGUAUGUGUGAGUAUCAGGUAUAUAUUUUUUAACA